AUGAUCCCGGGUUUCAACGCCCCCAGGGCACUCGUUCAGGCUGAUACGGACCCCUGGCCUUCGAUCUUGCUGAGGCAGCUACAGAUCACAGCCAUGAUCCUGUCGACGCUGACCCACCAUCUUCUCCUACCCGAGGGGUGGCUCUUCCCGCUCGCCGUUCGGGGCACUGCACAGCGUGCCGCCGGGAUCGGCUAUCGAGACGACCUGAUCACCGGACCCAACAUUACCGCGUUGAUGGCCGAUCGCCCCUGGCAGGUGCUGCAGAACCCGGCCAACCCGUUGACUUUCGAUCUGGCACUCCAUCGAGGCGCCGGCACUCGAUCGGGUCGGAUCGCCACCGCCUACCUUCAACUCGAGGCGCAGCAUCGCCAGGCCUUCUGGGAAACCACUCUUUAUCUCCCGAUCACGGCCGCGCAGCGUCGGGACCCGAUCGUUGAGCAAUAUCAUCGCGAUCGCAGAGCCCAACGGAUCCGUCUCGGUGAUUGGUGGCGCCGACUCCUCGACGCGAUGUUGCCCAUGAUGCGAGAGAUGUGGGCAGACGUCGAUCUGCUGCUGGACCCGUUCUUCUUGCAGAUCCCGCACCACGGUGAACCGACCGACCUCCGAACGGCUCUGAUCGAGGCCGACACCCAUGACCCCUGGCGGAACCAGUAUCGCGACCACCCCCAGGACCAUCACGCUCAACGGAUCCCGCGCCUCCGCAACAAGUUCAACCCCAACGUCGGCGCCCAGUACCAGCGAUGA